AAUCGAUAGCGGAUAAGAAUGUCACGUGCGUAGACCUACCGAAGGCGGGUUAGUGCGCCCUUAGCGAGCCCACAUGCACAACAAGCAAAAUUGUCACUUUGGGAUUUGACGACCGACCACUUCGAGCCCGCCAACGACAGCGACUUCGACAAUCCCCCCCAACUUCCUGUCCUCGUCGACGCAGAUAUUCGCUGCUACCGCAAUAAUGGCCGACACUCCCGUUACCCUGCGGACUCGCAAGUUCAUCCGCAACCCCCUGCUUGCUCGUAAGCAGAUGGUCGUUGACGUCCUCCACCCCAACCGCGCCAACGUCUCCAAGGAUGAGCUCCGCGGCAAGCUCGCCGACCUGUACAAGGCCAACAAGGACCAGGUCUCCGUCUUCGGCUUCCGUACGCAAUACGGUGGUGGCAAGAGCACUGGCUUCGCCCUCGUCUACGACUCCCAGGAGGCCCUGAAGAAGUUCGAGCCUCACUACCGUCUCGUCCGUAUCGGAGCUGCCGAGAAGAUCGAGAAGGCCAGCAGACAGCAGCGCAAGCAGCGCAAGAACCGCUCCAAGAAGUUCCGCGGUACCGCCAAGACCAAGGGCCCCAAGAAGUCCAAGAACUAAGCGCGCCCUCGACCUGUCGAAUUCUGAUGGAUAUGGAUCGGAUGGGAAGGAUUGUUGGUUGCGGCCAGGGGCUAGUGCUAAAGCUAUUGAUGAUAACCCUGUGGUGGUGAUUGAGCGAUUCGCAUUCACAUUUGCAUAUGCAUACGCAUAUGCGAUACACCAUACCAUACUAAAGCUAUGUAUGCUAUGCUAUGCAAAUAUAGUUAUCAUGCCAUGACGAUGACAGGGGGCAACUGCAAACAAUCACAAUCAAAAGAAAC